AUGACAGCCAGAAUGAGUAGUUCACCUAAGAGCAGCAGAUUCAAGAUGGAAGUUAGUGUGGAUGACCAAUUUAUACCGGAUAUUUUGCUGCUUGGUGGAGUGUUCGGCAGAAGAAUCAAGUGUUUAAAUUUACAAACUCAUGAACGUGCCAAUUUCCACAGGAAGAAAGCAAAUGCAAUCAUUAGUAAGUGGAUAAAAGAGGGCCUGAACAGGAAUACAUUUCAUGAUAUCCAACAAUCAAAUGCUGCAAUCCUGAUAGAAAAAUACAAUCUCAAACAACAAACAGAGUCAUCAGAACUUCAUGUUAACCAUGCAGAAUGUUUAUCAUCCAACUCAGCUCCACAUACUGAAGUCGAAGAAUGCUUACCUCAAGAUUUUCAACCAGUACCAAUAGGUAUGGUGUACUAAAUUGGUGAAAGAGUUUAGUUAUCGAGAAUGGUCAUAAUUGUUUAGAAAUAAAAACACUUUUUAUCUUUAUAGACAUUCAUGCUGAGGUUACAGAUUCCAUUGAGGA